UUCAAUCGUUACGUCGUCGUCUCAUCCAGUUGUCGUGUCGUUGCAUACGUUUCGCUUCCUGUAGAGGAACAGGAAACACACACACCGCGAGCCAAGAGCCCUAGCUAGAGCAAUGUCCGACGUCGGCGGCGCCAGCAUGGUCCGUCCAAACGCGCGGCGCGUGAGCGUUCCUGAGGAUGCGCUGGAGUUCGAGACGUCUCGGGAAGUACAGGUGGUUUCGAGCUUCGAUCAGAUGGGCAUCAAGGACGACCUACUCCGCGGCAUCUACAAUUAUGGUUUCGAGAAGCCCUCGGCGAUCCAGCAGAGGGCCGUGGUGCCCAUACUCAUUGGCCGAGACGUCAUCGCCCAGGCCCAGUCCGGUACGGGCAAGACCUCUAUGAUCGCUCUCGCUGUUUGCCAGAAGGUUGAUACUGCAACCAGAGAGGUCCAGGCCUUAAUCUUGUCACCAACAAGGGAAUUGGCGGCUCAGACAGAGAAGGUGAUAUUGGCAGUUGGUAAUUACAUAAAUAUUCAAGUACACGCAUGCAUUGGAGGCAAGAGCGUGGGUGAAGAUAUCAGAAAGCUAGAACAUGGAGUUCAUGUGGUGUCUGGAACUCCAGGCAGAGUCUGUGACAUGAUCAAGAGGAGGACACUUCGUACCAGACAUAUCAAAUUAUUAGUUCUUGAUGAAUCUGAUGAGAUGUUAAGCAGAGGUUUCAAGGAUCAGAUUUAUGAUCUGUACAGAUAUCUCCCACCAGAGCUUCAGGUUGUCUUAAUUUCUGCUACCCUUCCUCAUGAAAUUCUGGAGAUGACAAACAAGUUUAUGACAGAUCCUAUACGGAUACUUGUGAAACGUGAUGAAUUGACUCUGGAGGGCAUCAAGCAAUUUUUUGUUGCAGUUGAGAGGGAAGAGUGGAAGUUCGAUACUCUAUGUGAUCUUUAUGACACCCUUACAAUUACCCAAGCUGUUAUAUUCUGCAACACUAAGCGAAAGGUGGAUUGGCUAACUGAAAAGAUGCGAAGCAAUAACUUUACUGUUUCAUCAAUGCAUGGAGACAUGCCUCAAAAGGAGAGAGAUGCAAUUAUGGCUGAAUUCCGUUCUGGGCAAACCCGUGUCCUAAUAACGACAGAUGUUUGGGCUCGGGGGCUGGAUGUUCAGCAGGUUUCGCUGGUGAUCAAUUAUGACCUUCCAAACAAUCGUGAGCUUUACAUUCAUCGUAUUGGUCGUUCUGGUCGAUUUGGAAGAAAGGGUGUUGCGAUAAACUUUGUCAAAAGUGACGAUAUUAAAAUCCUAAGAGACAUAGAGCAAUAUUACAGUACUCAGAUUGAUGAAAUGCCGAUGAAUGUUGCUGAUCUGAUCUGAUAUAAGACCCGCCAGGCAUCUCGUAUCUUGGUGCAUAAGAGUUGUGGUUGACAUAAUUUUCUUUGUGAUGAUUUGUACACUAAGACAACAUUCUCUAGGUUGUUCUGUGGCAAGAUUACAUAGAAUUAGGAUUGCAUUCUCUCCGUUAAGAUUAUGUGAUUGAGAUUUUCUACACUAGUGCUUAGAUUGAACGGGUGAUUGUUUAUAUUUUUGGAUUUUUAAUUUGAGUAAUUUGCUGGCCCUUGUGCUGACUGGGGGGAUUUUUUUCCA